CUCCUAAAGACGUUGAAGACAUUCAACUGGUUCGAAGACUUCAACGAAGAAGCUAUUCGAGUCUGCCACAGGAGCGGCCCUUCGAAUGAGAUUGGGCGUAUCGGGACCGACUGCCAUGCUGCUAGCGUCACUCUGGCUUGCCAGAGCAUCUCAUUCGAGCAACUCACUGGAUGUUACUCCGUCGACGCAGUGCCGUUCUUUCAAGCGGUCGACUUUCGUUGGGCUUGGCCCAGCCUCACCACGCUCUCACUGACGUGCAGCCUUUUCGCCAUGCCCGAGAAAUGUGAUGAAAUAGCAACCCUUCUGGAAAGAGUGGGAAUGGCGGCGCAAAGAAUGCCC